AUGCCCAAAUCAGCAAGAAAGAACAACGGCAGUGGCGCCUCCAAAACUGACCCCUAUGCGGGCGCUGCCUCGCGCAAAAAGGGUCACUCGGCCAACAACGUCUUCAAGUUCAACACGGAUCUCGGUCAGCAUAUUCUGAAGAAUCCUGGUGUCGCCCAAGCUAUUGUCGACAAGGCCGACCUCAAGCAGUCAGACAUUGUUCUUGAAGUCGGACCCGGUACUGGUAACUUGACGACCAAGAUCCUUGAAAAGGCCAAAAAGGUCAUCGCCUGCGAAGCCGAUCCCCGAAUGGCUGCCGAAAUCACAAAGCGUUUCCAAGGGACUCCGGCGCAAAAGAGACUAGAAAUCAUCCUCGGAGAUGUGCUCAAGCACCCACAACUACCCUACUUUGACGUUUGCAUCUCGAACACGCCCUAUCAGAUUUCCUCGCCCUUGACUUUCAGACUGCUGGCGCUGAGUCCUGCUCCUCGCUCCUGCGUACUCAUGUUCCAGCGUGAAUUCGCCAUGCGCUUGUUUGCUCAGCCCGGGACAAAGCUGUACUCGAGAUUGUCUGUGAAUGCGCAAAUGUGGGCCAAGAUCAGCCAUGUCAUGAAGGUCGGCAAGAACAACUUCAACCCUCCUCCUCAGGUCGAGAGUGAUGUCGUCAAGAUUGUGCCCAAGGUGCCGCGUCCGCAGAUCAGCUACGACGAGUGGGACGGUCUGUUGCGCAUCUGCUUCGUCCGCAAGAACCGCACGCUGCGCAGUGGCUUCUUGGGAACCACCAGUGUCAUGGAGAUGCUCGAGUCGAACUACCGCACCUACUGCGCCCAGAACAAUAUUGUACUCGAUGAUGGCCCGUUGGACCCUGCAGAUGCUGCAAUGGACACGGAUAUGGCUGCAGAUGAGCAGGACGAAGACAUGGAAGCUAUCAUGGACGUGGACGACGAGGACGACAUGCCCGACUUCUUCAAGGAGGAAGCAGACAAAAAGGCAAAGAAGCUGCUAGGCAACCCCAACCGCAAGAAGAAGGGCAAGGUUUCGGAGUUGGUCCGCCAGAAGGUGACCAAGGUACUCAUCGAGACGACCGAGCUCUGCGAGAAGCGUGCCAGAAUGUGCGAUGAGGGUGACUUUUUGAAGUUGCUUUAUGCCUUUAAUCAGGAAGGCAUCCACUUCAGUUGA